AUGUAUACCCAAUACAAGCUAUUGGAUCUGGUGGAGAGGAAGGAGAAGAUGCCGGAGGCCGCGGAGCUGAAAGGAGUGUGGAUGAAGCGAUCGUUCCACGCGUACAUGCUCAUGGAGGACUUGCGGCGGCGGAGUGUGGAGAGCUCGGAGAAGGGGGCUGGCUAUGGAGUUGGAGGUGGAAAGAGUGGCUUCAAAAAGAAGUGGAAGGGCAAGAACAAGGAUAACCCUAAGGAGGAUGGCGGCGGGGGUCAAGGGGAGGUGUGCUUCUACUGCAAGAAGCGCAGACAUCGUUGGCGGAAGUGCUACCAACGACCCAAGGAUUAUACCCCGCCUUCAUCAAGCAACCAGCGUGGUGGCGCGAGGAGUGGGGGAGUCAUGGGAGCUAGUGGAGAGGAGAAGGAGGAGGAGAAAGGCGGCAAAUCUGAGGAGCAGAAGGCCGGGUUCUUCUUCUUCGUGAACGAAGGCGCAACCGACCUCGCUAUGGCUGCCAAGGCGCUGCCCUCCAAGGCACGUCCAGAUCUGCAACUCCAGCGCCCAGAUCUGCACUCCCCGCGCUCAGAUCUGCAACUCCAGCGCCCAGAUGUGCACUCCCCGCGCUCAGAUCUGCAACUCCAGCGCCCAGAUCUGCACUCCCUGCGACCAGAUCUACUCCUCCCGCGCCUAGAUCUGAUCAUUCCGCGCCCAGAUCUGGAUUCCGCGCCACCAGAUCUCCUCCUCCCGCGCCCAGAUCUGAACAUUUCGCACCCAGAUCUGCACUCCGCCCGCCCAGAUCUGCACUCCGCCCGCCCAGAUCUGCACUCCGCCCGCCCAGAUCUGCACUCCGCCCGCCCAGAUCUGCACUCCGCCCGCCCCGAUCCGCCCUCCGCGCGCUCAGAUCUGCACUCCGCGCGACCAGAUCUGCACUCCGCGCGACCAUAUCUGCCCUCCGCGCGACCAGAUCUGCCCUCCGCGCGACCAGAUCUGCCCUCCGCGCGACCAGAUCUGCACCUCCCGCGCUGA